AUGAGCACAUUCUACAUGUACGUGUUCCCGGUGCAGUUCUUCCUUGGUGUUAUCGGAAAUGCGCUCAACCUCUGCGUUCUGCUCAGUCGUCACAUGCGAAGCGAAGCAAAUUAUCUUCUAUCAGCCUUGGCCAUAGCUGACAUAUUGCUAUUUCUCACUAUGCUUCCAUCAGCACUAGGAGUGUGGCCGUAUUUUUACACCAACGACUACUUCAGAAGAUUCUACUACCACUCACAUACCGUACGUCACUGGUUUUCCAAUGUAUUCUCGUGCAUGACAUGCUGGUUGAUAUUAGCUGUUUCCGUUGAAAGGUGCAUACCCAUAUUUCAUCAAUCAGGAUAAUA